AUGGGAGGCUGCUCGGCUCCAAAUUGCUCCAAUUCCACCAGCAUUGGCAAGCAGCUGUUCAGGUUUCCUAAAGACCCUGUGCGUAAAAAGAAGUGGGUGGUGAACUGCAGACGUGACUUUGAACCAACUCCCCACUCCAGACUGUGUCAAGACCACUUUGAGCAGAGCCAGUUUGAGGAAAUAGCCAGGUCUCCAGCUGGUGGGAAGAAGCUGAAGCCCAAUGCCAUCCCCACCCUGUUCAGCGUGGGGGACCCUCCUUAUCCUGCUGUCACCACCCCUUACAUCCUUCUGCCGCUCAAGCACGAAACCGAGUUAAACUUUGGGGACCAUGGCUAUGCCAGACGCACCCCCCUGCCCGGUAUGGAGGGAGACGACGCAGACGGGACCGCUGAGGACCAGCAGCCCUGCACACAGUGUUACCUGCUUAAGAAACAACUGGAGCAGGAGAUGCAGCACACUGCCAGACUGCAGAGGGAGGCCGAAGAGAUGAAGAAGAGACUUUACAGGCUGGACAGGAUUGAAAAGGGCCUCCAGAACUUCCUGUUCGAGGACCAAAUCCGAGCCCUGUCCCUCACCAAGCGCUCGCGUCGCGCCGUGUGGUCCCCAGAGACCAUCCUGAAGGCCCGAAAGAUCCGCUGCGCCGUGGGAACCAAAGGCUACGAGUACCUGAGAGAGAUCGGCUACCCGCUGCCCUCCUACAGGACUCUGUGCAAUCGUCUGGAGACUAAGAUCAUGGUGACGACGGACAUGAGCUGCGAGGAGCUGGCCGAGCUGGGCCUGGGGCUCAUGGCCACCUGCAGCAGUCCCACAGAAGCUGUGGGAGACAACGAGGAGGCAGAACUGAUAGGUGUGCUGUCCUGA